AUGCCUGCGCCGGCGACGUGCCGUGUGCGCGGCAGAGGCUGCGGAUGCGCGUGCGGGUGCGGCUUCCGCUCUCGCAGUCGCAGUCGGUCUCGCAGUCGCAGUCGCAGCCGUCGCAAGAGGGUAAUCCACGUCGUCAGAUCUCGGACCAGGGCUGGGUCGGUCGCGGAGCCGUUUGAUCUUCGGCUGGCGGAAACGACGCCUCCGGGGAAACCCAAGAACAAGACCACGCCGCAGGAAGCCAUCGACGAGUUUUGGGCCCGAUUCACGAGCAGGAACCCCGGCAAAGCCACGACCGUCAUCCCGAGUGACCGGCUCGUCAAGAACCUCCUCCAGCGCUCCGUCACCGUGGCCUCGGACGCCGCGGCCGCCUCGUGCGAGAAGACGCCCCCCCCUCGGGCGGCUGAUGCCGUCGCCCGCGCCGAGCCGGUCUCCGCAUCCUACGACGCCGCCGCCGCCGUGUGCCGCGCCAAGGUCGACAAGAUCGUCAGGGAGUGCCGCCGCGUCAACAAAAAGUACCGCGACGCGCACUUCGACAUCGAGGCCGAUCUCAAGACGGGCACGCGCAACUGCCUCGAGUCUCUGCGCAACCUGAGAGGGGCCGCGUGCGCUCCCGGCAGCGCCUUCAAGCCGCGGGGCGUGAAGCGCGUGACGGACAUUUUCGACGACCCCACGUUUUACGUCGACGGGCCGACGGCGAAUGACGUGCGCCAGGGGAGGGACAGCGGCGACUGCUGGUUCCUGUCGGCCCUGUGCACGCUGAGCAACAAGAAGGGAAUCAUUGAGCGGCUGUGCGUGGCGCACGACCAGGACGUGGGCGUGUACGGCUUUGUGUUCCACCGCGACGGGGAGUGGAUCUCGGAGAUUGUUGACGAUUUCCUCUACCUCACAAAGUCGGACUACGAUGAAGCUGCGGUCGACCGCAUUCUUUUCGACGAGCUGGAGCGCGUCAACGCCGAGGAGCUGUACCGAAAAGCGUACCAGUCCAACAGCGGUGCGCUCUACUUUGCCCAGUGCUCCCACCAGCAGGAGACAUGGCUGCCGCUCCUGGAAAAGUGCUACGCCAAGGCUCACGGGGAUUUCGCCGCCAUCGAAGGCGGUUUCGGCGGAGAGGGCAUCGAAGACAUGACGGGCGGCAUCACGUCGGAGAUUUUCACGAGCGACAUCCUGGACAAGGAGCUCUUCUGGAAGGAGCUGGUCAGCGCCAACAGGGACUUUCUCUUUAGCUGCGGCACGGGAGUCUGGGGCUCCGGGUGGGGUGAGCGAGGCGGCAUCAUCGAGCUGCAUUCGUACUCUGUGCAAAAGGUUGUGGAAAUGGAUGGCAAGCGUCUGGUGCGUCUGAAGAACCCUUGGGGCAAGGGCGAGUGGAAGGGCGCUUGGAGUGACGGCUCGAAAGAGUGGACUCCGGAAUGGCUCGAGAAGCUCGGGCACCGGUUCGGCGACGACGGCGACUUUUGGAUAGAGUACAAAGACCUGCUCCGCAAGUACCAGUCCUUUGAGCGGACUCGCCUGUUUGAAGGAAACUGGCGGGUGGCUCGGACCUGGACCACGGUCCACGUGCCCUGGCUGGCUGGCUACCACGACACGUACUUCUCCGUCGGGGUCGGGGCGCCGGGGCGCGUCGUCGUUGUGCUCGCGCAGCUGGACGACCGGUACUUUCGCGGGCUGCAGGGGCAGUACCAUUUCCGGCUGAGCUUCCGCGUGCACAGGGCCGGCAGGGAGGAUUACCUGGUGCGCAGCCAGCUACACCAGCGGCUGCGGCGGUCCGUCAGCGUGGAGCUCGAGCUCGACGAGGGCGAGUACGACGUGCGGAUCAGGUUCGACGCGGGCCGCGACCACGGCCGCCUGCCGGUGGAGGACGUGGUCCGGAUGAAUGCCAAGCAUAACCCCGGCAAGCUGGCCAGCAUCGGGCUGGCCUACGACCUGGCGCACAGCAAGGGCGCCGUGGUGGAAACCGCCGAGGAGGAGGCCGCCAGGGAGGCGUACCGGAGACGGGUGGAGGACGCGCGGAGGCAGAAGGUGAAGAGGGAGCUGCAGGAGGAGAGAGAGAAGGCCUACUACAUGAGGCGCAAGGAGCUCGAGCGAGGUCGAGCCAGGGCGAGGAAGAGGCGAGCCAAGCAGAGAGGCGGGGGGGACGCGGAGGGGAAUGGCCAACAGGAGGCAGAGGACGUUUCGAAAGGCGGGCUCAGCAGUGAAGAAAAGCAGCAGCAGCAGCAGCAGCAACCCUUGCCAGAGGACCAAUCCGGAGAGGGGCUUCAAGACAAUGCCGGCAAGAAUGCAGGACCUGUCGAGAGCGGCAGCCCUCGCCGUCAGAGACGUCAACAACGUCAGCACUGCGCAUGGGAAGAAGCCCCGGGCGAGGACGAGCUUGCGGAGGAUAGCAUCGACAGCAUGUCGGAAUACUCGGACAGGGAGAUGGACAUUCGGGCGAGCGCACUUCUCGCUCGGCUGGACGCAAGCCAAGCCAAGGUCGAGGGCGGGCGCGAGGCCGGCGGAGAGCCCGACGAGUUUGAGAGCGAUCCCUGGAACGCGGUGGCGGUUGUCGGGCUGCGCGUCUACCACCAGUCAAAGGACGGGGAGGACGGGGAGGACGCGGGCAAGGACGCGGUGAGGGUUCGAGUGGUGCGGCCGAACCCGUAUGCUGGCGCAGACGAGGCGAGGACGCAGGGGCUGGACGUGGACGACAGCGCAAAGGACGCCACGUUGACGGGGGAGGUCAAGGACCGCAAGGAGAGCAUCUUGGGCGAUAAGCGGAGGCCCGACGGGGGCACGGUGGAGCGAAGAUGA